CUACAGUUGUUAUUGUAAUUGCAGCAAAUAAUCCAAUAACUGCAGCAAAUAAUCCAACAACUGCAGCAAAUAAUCCAACAACUACACCGAAUAAUUCAACAAGGGUAGAUGCUAACAAUGCUGCCGUUGGUAGUGGCGAUCUAAAUGUUAGUUUUUAUUUUAAUGGAGCCCUGAGUUUAUUUGAAGACAGUAACAACAAUAAUAAUCCAGUUCAAUUUGAUUAUACAUGCGGCAAUGAGCUUUGA